GCAAACAGACGACAAGUCAUUGAGGUGAAGCGAUUGAGAAGAAGAAAAUGGGGAAGAUUCCGGUAAAGAUGAGAGCAGUGGUGUACGCGCUGUCGCCGUUUCAGCAGAAGGUGAUGCCCGGCCUCUGGAAGGACUUCACCGGAAAGAUCCACCACAAGGUCUCCGAGAACUGGCUCAGCGCCACCCUCCUCCUCACUCCUCUGGUCGCCACCUACUCGUAUGUGCAGUAUUACCAGGAGCAGGAGAAGUUGGAACACAGGUACUGAAGAUUUGGGCUUUGAUUUGAGCUGAAAAGAUUGGGAAUUUUUCUUGUUAGCUGCAAUGAUAGACUGUACUCUGAUUGCAAUUACACUAGUUGAAAUUUGAAUGUUUUGUGUUGAAAUUAAAUGACGGUGACCCUGAAAUGAAGAAGGGUUUGAGUUUUAUUGUUCUGGAAACAAGUUUGUAAUUUGUUAAUCAGAUGGUUGAAGUUGAUAUACAAAUUCAAUCUGCGUAAUAAAUUGAGAUUGCAGUA